CGACGCCCAGUAUCCCUCAAGGUUCGUGUAUUGCUGUUCACAUGUGCUCCAAGUGUCGUGCUUGCUCGCUAUCCGGUGUGAUUUGCUGCAAGAAUGGCUGGAUGCGCAUAUUUCGGGACGGAUGAUACCCAAACGGACUCAAAAGCUGACGUGCAUCUUACUCUACUUCGUAGCACCUCUGUCACUGCAAUAUGUCUGCUCAAAUCAGCAAGAAGAGAAAGUUCGUUGCAGACGGCGUCUUCCGUGCGGAGCUCAACGAUUUCUUUACUCGCGAGCUGUCGGAGGAGGGUUACUCUGGCUGUGAUGUCCGAGUGACGCAUGCCCGCACGGAGAUUAUCAUCCGUGCGACCCACACCCAGGAAGUACUGGGCGAGAAGGGUCGUCGUAUUCGUGAACUUACCGCCUUGGUGCAAAAACGCUUCAAGUUCCCCGAAAACUCACUCGAGCUGUACGCUGAGAAGGUUCAGCAACGAGGCCUUUCCGCUAUUGCUCAGUGCGAGAGUUUGAGGUACAAGCUUCUGGGUGGUCUCGCAGUCAGAAGAGCGUGCUACGGUGUCCUCCGCUUCGUGAUGGAGUCUGGUGCGAAAGGUUGCGAGGUUGUCGUUUCUGGCAAGCUUCGCGCCGCCCGUGCAAAGUCGAUGAAGUUCACGGACGGUUUCAUGAUCCACUCGGGUCAGCCCGCCGUGGACUUCGUGGAUUACGCUGUCAGGCACGUCAUGCUUAGGCAAGGUGUGCUCGGUAUUAAGGUCAAAAUUAUGAAGGGCAGUGAUCCCGCAGGCUUGCUUGGUCCCGUUGACCCUCUCCCCGACUUCGUGAAGAUUCAUGAUCCUCCGGUGGACAAAAUCGUUGCUGAGCCCACUUCGGAGCAACGGGAGCCUGCCAUCGUCCCAGCUCCCGCUCCCGCUCCUGCUGUGGAGGAGCAGGCGACGUACCAGCAGGCGCCGGAUCCGUAUGCGGGAGGCUAUGACCAGCCAGCUGCGUUUUGAUUGUGUAUCAUCUAGUUCGCUUUUAUCGUGUAGUUCGGUUAAUUGCACUUACGACUGUUCGCGCUGCUUUCUGCAUCAACUGUCUUUGAGCGUGUGUCGACCACCCGUCAGAUAGCUGGAGCGACAAACCGAAGGCCUGCAAGGUGCCGUUGAUCCAGGUGGACGAUCGAGGUCUUAUUCUGCAACUCUCAUGGGCUGCUAGGUCGCUGCGUGCGUGC